AUGGAUGAUUGGUGGCAAGAGCCACCAAAGAGGCUAACGUACUACGAGAUAAAGAGCAAUACCUACAUGGAGGUCAAGGGGACUACUGGUACCGCGAACCAGUGUCCGACUAUUGACAGUGUCUCUCAUACAUUUUCAUUUAAAUCUGGUAAGUAUACCGGCAAGAAAUUUUGCUCUGAGCCUACUUUCUUCACCGUCAGGGCAGGUAGCGUCAGUAUCAACACCGCACCGUAUUUUAAAAACACCAAGCUCAUGACCUGCCCCACUUGCACACUCAAUUUUUGGUGUUGCUUCUCCCGCAAUAAACAGACAGGUCAAAUUGAAAUGUUCAUUUAACAGGUUGGUUCUGAUGGAAGCGUGAUCUUCAAGGAAGAAGAUGAGAUCGGUUAAGCAGCAGUCACAUUUCUGCCUGUGAGGGAACGCGUGCCGUUUCUCUUUGUCCCUUCGUACCCUAAGGGUCGUGGUGGAUCCACUGGGUACGGUAAUACAGUGGCUUUGCUUGCCGGAGGCAGAGGUGACGAGGAAGUUCUGUCGAAGGAGAACGUCAAGAACACGGUCGCUUCUGUGGAAGAAGGUCUUGUUGAAGAUCACAAAGAGCAACCGGAAGUGAUCGAAGUGUUCGAGAGUCUUUAACCGCCCCAUACUAACUUGGGUGCUAAGGUACCAAAAGACGUAAAGAUCCAAGGGGUAUGGUAUGGUCAGAUUGAGUCACUUUUUGAUUUUAAAACCCUAGUUAAACUGUAUCGAAACCUCACUUUUACAUUAAUGAAAGUGCUCGAUAAAUAUAUAAAUUUUGAUAUAUUAUGUUUCAGUAAAUCAAUUCUUUAGUUACAAAAAUUUUACCAAAAAAGUAAAAAAAAUCUCUAGUUACAAACUCACACGCGAGUAACCAAAUUAAGCAAAAAUAAAACUCACACGCGAGUUUAAUGAACCGCAAGAAAUGGAACAUGGAUUUGAGCGAGACAACAAAGAAUGAGUUGCGUAUUGGUUACACGUUAUGAUAUCAUGAAAAUUGGAAGUUGUUAAUUUUGAAAAUAUCUUGUCAAUUAUUUUCCUUUAUAAUUAUAUAAAAAUAAGUUUAGGUGCAUUCGAGUUGGGUGUGAUGGUAUGUUUCAGUAUUAUAGAUGACCACCAUUGAUAUAUUUUGUAUUGUCUUUAAUUAAUUCGAAGUUGACUAAGUUUUUAAUAUGAUUCUUAUGGUUGGACUACAUUUGUCGAUGGAUAGGAACUAGCGCAUAAAGCCAUAAAAAGUGUCAAUUCUGGUCAAUAUAUUAAUAGAUAAGAAAGUAUUAAAAAAAGAAAGUUAUACGUUUGGUGGCUGAUUGAGAGCCAUCC